CUCCUGCUGUUCCUCAGCUAUAUUUCGCGAAUAUCAAACACUCGCCGUCUCCAUAUUGGAAGCUGAGUUCAAAAAACACGGGGAAAUAUAAAGAGGUUCUUUUUGGCGAUGCGUUAGACGUACCGAUGUCGGGUUUCUCCUCGCCAGCUCCAAGAAUUGAAACGCAAGCGUUGAGACAUUGCGCGCGUCAUUUAUUCUGCCCACAUUAGGAGGUUUCAUGGUCAGCUCGCUAAAGCUAUUUUAUAUUAGAAAUCCAGACUGCGACUACUUGUUAGACGUUCGGCGAAAUCUAUUUUUGUUAUGCGCAUCACUGUGGGCUAAUUGAUCAAAUGUGUAUCCGCGACGCGUAUUUUAAUGCAACAAAACGCAAAGAUUAGUGUUCGGGUGCAGUCCGUUCGCCCACGCUAGCCCGAGCGACAGCAGUCUGCCUGGAGAUCUGCCAUUAACUCGACUUGACUAGCUGUUAGCACAAUCCCAAACACGGACACGGCCAGAACUCGCUGGGGAAAGGAGCUAACAUUUCGUUUCCAUGGACAACACGUCCAUAAUAACGCAGGUUACGAACCCCAAGGAGGAGGAGAUACUCUCGCCAAAUGCUGAGAAAGUUUCACUGUCCAACUGCAGUCUGAAGAAGAAAAGGACUUGCAGCAUCUUCAGCUCGUUGUUCUGCUGUCUGAGGAGUUACGAUGCAGAGCCCCCCGUUAUUCCCAACAACAAGAGCAUCCCUCUGCCCCCACCUGUGGAGGAGAACGGAGCUCCACCAAAGUGUGACCAGGUUGAGGUCAUCCCUAUCCCCAGUCCUCCAGAGAAGUACCUCCUCCCAGAGGUUAACAUAAAUGACUAUGGAAAGAAGUGUGUGGUAAUAGACCUGGAUGAGACUCUGGUACACAGCUCGUUUAAGCCCAUUAGCAAUGCUGAUUUCAUCGUCCCUGUGGAGAUAGACGGCACAGUACAUCAGGUCUAUGUGCUCAAACGACCUCAUGUGGACGAGUUCCUGCAGAAAAUGGGCGAGCUGUUUGAAUGUGUGCUUUUCACAGCCAGUCUAGCCAAGUAUGCUGACCCGGUGGCUGACCUGCUGGACCAGUGGAGUGUGUUUCGGGCACGACUCUUCCGGGAAUCCUGUGUUUUCCACAGAGGGAACUACGUCAAAGACCUUAGUAGGCUUGGAAGAGAGCUUAGGAACGUCAUCAUUUUGGACAACUCCCCUGCUUCCUACAUUUUUCAUCCUGAAAAUGCUGUGCCAGUGCAGUCGUGGUUUGAUGACAUGACUGACACAGAGCUCCUAGACCUGCUGCCUUUCUUUGAGGGACUGAGCAAAGAGGAGGACGUGUACGGAGUGCUGCAGAACCUGAGGGGCAGGUAGCAGGCUGAGCUGCACCACCUGAUGAGGGGCCAGUGGAGUCCUCCGGUGGAAAUCAGAGGAGCAGCUCCUCUCCUCCAGACUGCAGCUGCCACCAGUCCUCACCUCACAGUACAGGAACAUGACAUCAUCCAGGACAUACAGUGAAAUAAACUGACUUUUAACAUUUAAAUGACACUCAAAUAUUUCUCUUUUGAAAAGUGCUUAUGAGAAACCAAAAAAAAUGACUCUGUAAAUGCCAAUGAAUAUUUUCAAAUGAAAAUAUUCAAGUCUGAACCAUUUUUUGAGGUGUUGCUAUGCAGGUAAAAAUCUGUAGGGUUAAAGGACUGUGGGGUUUCCUCUCCACCCCAACAAAGUGCCUUUUUUGAAUGUCAUUUUUAUGGGGGAAAAUAGCAUUUUGUACACAACAUAUUUCCAGAGAGCCUAAUCUUUACAAGAAUGAUGUGCUUUAAAAUGGAAGCAGGUCAGACUCUUUUUAUAAAAGCACUGUUAAAGAGGCCAGAGAUUUUUAAUUAUAUAAAGCCGGGUACAUGUCUCCAUCUUUAUUCUUGUUGUGCGUUUUUUUUUCUCCUUUUCAUUUUGCUUUAGCUUGUGCCAUUAUUAAGAACGAUUCUAAUAUUGGUUCUAUCUAAACUUGUAUAUGUUUACUUUUGUUUUCUAAGAGCAAAGGAAUGCAUUUGCAUUUGUCAGGUUACUCUUCUUGUACACUAUGGCCUCUCUUGCCAACUCCCUUGCUAAGCAGACUAGUAGAAACAAUCUUAAAGUGAAGAUUGUAUUGUGCCAAUCGUCUCCCAAUCUGAUGCCAUUUUCCUGCUGAAGUUACUUUUUCUUCUCAGCGAACAGGCCUGACUGAAUUUAAUUUUACGGCUAAUAUUGGUGCUUUAAUUGAUGUAUCACGUGCAGAACAAAUGUCUGGACAUUUCAAUAUUCACCUAGACAAGUUGCCCAGUGACUAUACAAGAUAGAGUUUUAGUCAUAAGUAUUUCUUUAAACUUGAUCUGAAUGCCUCUGGCGAAAUAGUGUAGACACUGCAGUCGUUCCACCUUUUGUAUUAUUCCUAAGGGGAAGUGUCCUUUAUAGACGUCAGGAUGCACAAUUGCAAAUGUAUCCCUUUUCAUCAUUUAAAAAAAAAAAAAAAUCUCAUUUGUGCAUUAUUGGAAAUUGGUCCUUCAUUCUUACAAGACUUAUAAGAUUUUAAUUUGUUUCAGCUUUUUUUAGACAUACAUACCCUGCUGCUACCACUGUAGAUUACACUACAAAAGACCUCCCUAUAAGGUACUAACAGUACCAGCCAAGGGAAAAGAGACUGUGCAGCUUGUCCUAGAGCAGCUCACAAUGAACACAUUUAAGGGGAUAGUUCACCCAAAAAUACAAAUUCUGUCAUCAUUUACUCACACAUUCAUGUUAUUCCAAACCCUGAUGACUUUCUUCUCUCCAUGGAAUGCAAAAGGAGAUGUUAGGCAGAAUGUUGGCCUAAGUCACCAUUCAAUUCCAUUGCAUCUUGUUUAAAUACAAUAAAAGUGAAUGGUGACUGAGGCUAACAUUCUGCCUAGCAUCUUCUUUUGCAUUCCAUGGAAGAAAGAAAGUCAUCCAGGUUCGGGACAACAUGUGAAUGCUGACAGAAUUUUCAUUUUUGGGUGAGCUAUCAUUAUUUAAGCUAUCCCUAUUUAAGUUUGUCGGGCCUUCAUCAAAAUGGUUUGAUUGAACCAUUUCUCCUCUUGAGAUAGUGUUGAUGAAAGCAGUGUUCUGUGCAAGCUGUGCAGACUCUCCAUCACCACAGUGCCUAAGAUGAGAGGAGCAGCAGCGGCGUUUCCCGUUCUGCUGCUGAGCAGGCAAUAACCUCUCUCUGCCCAGAGUCUGCCACAUCAUAGUUUAUUCACUACGAGUUGUCAUUUGUUUCACUUUUGUCCACUUUUUUCAGUAUUUCAUCAUCUACCUCUCUCCUUCUCUCUUUAUCCUGCUCCACAGCAGGCAACAGAGAGUGAUUCAUUCUUGCCUUUAUGGUCUUCUGUCAGUAUUUGAGAGAUAUAUACACUUAUGUUAUCCCGCAGCUGCUGUUUUUUGCUUGUUUGAGUGCUGUACAGUCUCUCCUUCUAUUGACAGUUUGCUGAAGAUUAACACCUCAAAACUACCCAGAUAAUUGGCUUUGAAGUACUUGAUUGGUAGUGUUGGAAAAUAUGCUUGGUUUUGUAAAACACAAUACGUUUCACAUUCACUCUUUUAUGACACAAUAGACUGCAGGUGAUCUAAGUUGAAACAGUUGGUUUUGGUCACGGUUGUUGUAUUUUCCUUUUGAUCUCCAUGUGUUUUUCACUUCUAAACUGUCAGGUUCUGUUUCAAUACACAUUGUUUUCGUGAUGUCACUUAAAUUUCUCAAGCCGACACAUCCAUUUGAGAAUCUGCCUUAUUUUCUUUGUUGAUAUUUUUGCAGUAAGCCAUAUAGAAACUUUAAACAGUAAUUGGAUUUACUCGGGUUUGAAAUCAGUUCGGAGAGGCUGUACAGUGCUGAUGUUUGGAUUAUAUUUCAAGUUGAAUUGAUUCAUGGUUGUCGCAAAUUUUCUUCCGGACUCUGACAUGUUAUAUUAAAGCACCUUUUUAUAAAAAGAAAAUGACUUUUAUUUGUCAUACUGCAGUGUACAAAAAUAAUCCAGAAUUCUUAGAUCUUCAUGUUUCCUUUAAUUUCACCUUUUUUAUAAACAUUACAAUUUUAUGUAAAAUAUCAUCUUAUGUUUUCCAACAUUUUUAAUCACCUUUUUGUCUUCAUUUAAAAUGGUCAUGCUGUGUGAGCAAGUACAAAAAAAAAUCUGUAGUUUCGAUGAGUUCAUAAAGACAAUGUAUAAUCAUUAUAAAAGCAAGAUGUUUGAAAUA